AUGGCUGCUAUUCGUGUCGAUCCCCAGAUCUUGGAGGAGCACCUCGCCGUCGAGGCCACCGUCGAUGCCUCGUGCGCCGAUGACGCGAUGCGGAAAACAAUGGGAAGCACCGAGGUUUACAGUCGAGGUCCUGUUGUCAGAGGUUUUGACCCACUAUUCGACCAUUUUUGCAUAUGGGGAAAUGAGUUGUCCAUGAAUAUCAGUCAAGUCAAGAAACUCAGAAAGAUUUUUAGGAUAAAGAAAUUAGAGACAAAAAACAACAAGAUCCUUGUCUGCAUAAUGAAGACAUCAGUUCACUACAAGAUGGCCUUUCCAAAGCAGUUCUCUGAUGAUUACCUCUCAAACCACUUGUAUGGUCAGGAGGCGAGGAAGCUCUUCAGGGGGUGCUUCAAAAAACUUGAGAAACUGGAGUUGGGUGAAAAUUACCCAUCACUACCACCAGAAAAUGUGAAGACAAAGCAUCCUCAGUUGCUGUAUGAGUCAAAGUUGUACAGGGUACUGCAGGGCGGAACUGGGAUUUCAAAUGUCAAGUGGUUUGGUGUUGAGGGUGACUACAAUGUUCUUGUUAUGGAUGUGUUGGGGCCAAGCCUUGAAGAUCUUUUCAGCUUUUGCAACAGAAAACUGUCGCUCAAAACUGUUCUGAUGCUUGCUGAUCAAAUGAUCAACCGAGUUGAAUUUAUACAUUCAAAGUCCUUCUUGCAUCGAGAUAUAAAGCCAGACAAUUUUCUCAUGGGCCUUGGAAAGAGAGCAAAUCAGGUAUAUAUGAUUGACUUUGGACUGGCAAAGAAAUACAGGGACACGUCAACACACCAGCACAUUCCAUACCGGGAGAACAAAAAUUUGACUGGGACAGCUCGAUAUGCGAGUGUAAGCACCCAUCUUGGAAUUGAACAAAGCAGAAGGGAUGACAUGGAGUCUCUUGGAUAUGUACUCAUGUACUUCUUGAGAGGAAGCCCCCCUGUUACCAGUCUCCCAUGGCAGGGUUUAAAAGCCGGUACGAAGAAACAGAAGUAUGAGAAAAUCAGCGAACGGAAGAUUGCCACUUCAAUUGAGGCUUUGUGUCGUGGAUACCCUUCUGAAUUUCAGUCAUUCUUCCAUUACUGCCGCUCACUGCGUUUUGAAGACAGUCCAGACUAUCAAUACCUGAAGAGAUUGUUCAGAGAUCUUUUUAUUCGAGAGGGAUUCCAGUUUGAUUAUGUUUUUGACUGGACCAUUCUUAAAUACCAGCAGUCACAAAUGACCAGUGUUCCACCACGUGCUAUUGCCGCUGCUGCAGGACAAAGCUCGGGGAUGGCUCCAAUUGCAUGUAAUAAUAGACUGUCAGGCGUGUCCUCAAGGCGACCUGCUGUUUCUAGUAGCCGAGAUUUGCCAAGCAGUGGAGCUGAACCAUCACGUAGUCGUGCACCAGAUGCGAGUCCAGGGACGUCCCAGAGAAACUCAGCUCCACGGAGGACCUCACAGACGCCUGACUACUCUGAUCCCAGGCACAAGUCUAACAGCAACAACUACGAGUCCACUAUAAGGGGCAUCCGAGGCCUAAAUUUCGAUGGCAAUGAUAGGAUCCACUACUAG